AGCAGCGAUACCAAGAGAUGCAAUUCAUUCAAGCCAUUUUUAUUCUUAUACUGCUUGGUUUCCGGGCCCACGCUACGUCCGCAGUUAGCAGAACACUGACUCUCUGGGCCUGGGGCGACUGCAGCGGCAAUGCUGCCUUCUGCCACGACAUAGUCCCAGGCGCAUGCUGCCACGGCGAACAUCUGAUUGCCGGUUUUACUUGCGAGGACUGCGUCAAGCAAGACAUCGUUGCCGGCCGCGAAGAGGACGACGGGACGUGCGGAGCAGACUUCGUCACCGUAAGAGGCUGGGUUUGCGCCAGGUCGAACAAGAGGCUGUACGGCAGCAGCUGGCACUAUGAUUCGCAAAAGGACGCCGUCACGGGGAAAGCACCGGCUUGCACUCGGAGCGUGCGCGCGGACGUUUUGAAGAUUGGGGAGAAAUGGUUUUACUUGGUAGACGACAUGCCUGAGGAUGAUGUGAAGGCGCUUUGGGAUAUAUGGGGUCUGAAUUCUUUGGUAGAGAUACCCGAGAAUUUUUUGAAGUAUGAGGGAGAAGAGCCACAGGGACGUGGCGUGGUCGCUGAGCUUUAGUCGGCGACAUCAGUUGAGAAAGACUGACAUGUUGUGUACGCUCAAUCCCAACUCUGUUUCUCGAGUCGUGAAGGAAGUUGUAUGAUAUUAUAUGGUACAUACAUACGAGACGAAACAAAUCCUGUUGUUAGCCUUAUAUGCCUACCGAAUCCGGGACACCCGUUGAGCCUUGAGGUGAAUUACAGCACAGGCAUUGAUGAUGCAUGCUUCUGAUAGUGGCUCUUAGGUCAUCGAUAAGGAACCCUGUCACUGUAUGUCACCAAAUUCAGGUACGUAAACCGGCCAGCGCCCCGCUGCAUCUCACUGGCUCCCGCCAUUGGGUGUCGGCGCAAAGC